AUGUCGUCCUCAUCCCCCAUGCGCAGUUUGCACAUUAACAAUAUCAAUCCUCAUGUGAAGGAAGCGAAAUAUGCCGUUCGAGGCGAACUUGCCAUCAAAUCAGAAGAAUACCGCUCUCGGUUAAACCGAGGGAACCCUCCUACCCCUCCAGAAAAUCCUCUGCCCUUCGAUACCGUCGUCUCUGCCAACAUUGGCAACCCGCAACAGCUUGAUCAAAAGCCCAUUACAUUCAUUCGACAAGUCCUUGCUCUGCUCGAGAACACGGGCCUUCUUGAGAACGAGGAGGCUUUGAAAACUAGUUUUGGAUACAAUCAAGACGCAAUAGAUCGUGCACGCUGGUUAUUGAAGGAAGUUGGUUCAGUGGGUGCCUAUUCACAGUCUGCAGGCGCUCCCGGGAUCCGGCAGUCGGUUGCCAAUUUCAUCGAACGCCGUGAUGGCUUUCCUGCGAAUAAGGACGAUAUCUACUUGUCCGCCGGUGCCUCUUCAGGAGUGAACACCCUCCUUCACAUCAUCUGUGCCAAGCCUGAGACGGGUGUGCUUGUUCCGAUCCCCCAGUAUCCUCUCUAUACCGCGUCCUUGUCAGUCCUCAACGCUCGUUGCGUCCCCUACUAUCUGGACGAGUCUCACUCAUGGGGCACGGAUCACUAUGUCAUAAAAGAAGCGUAUGAAAAAGCGGUCAGUGAAGGCACCGAUGUCCGCGCCGUGGUCAUCAUCAAUCCUGGCAAUCCAACCGGUGCCUCCCUACCAGAGGGGGACAUUGAAGCCGUCAUCAAAUUCGCUGCAGAAAAGCAUCUUGUCAUAUUGGCCGAUGAGGUCUAUCAGACCAAUGUUUUCAUCGGCCAAUUCCACUCUUUCAAGGGAGUCCUCCGCAAAAUGCAACAGAAAGAGCCAGGUGUCUACGACUACGUUGAACUUGCCUCUCUGAAUUCUGUGUCCAAGGGUAUGGUAGGCGAAUGCGGGCAUCGCGCUGGGUAUUUUGAGCUAGUUGGAUUCGACUCGGAGGUACAGGCGCAGAUAUACAAAUUCAUCAGCAUCAUGCUGUGUCCGCCUGUAAUAGGACAGUGUCUGCUAGAUCUGGUGGUGAACCCGCCCAAGCCAGGAGAUCCGAGCUCGGAACUCUACGAAAAGGAGUACAACGGCAUCAAGAACGGGUUGAAGCAAAGGGCGACAGCGCUUUACGAGGCGUUCAAGGAGAUGGAAGGCAUGGAGAUUGGUGAGCCCCAGGGUUCAAUGUACCUCUUUCCAAAAAUCCGCGUCCCUCCAAAAGCGGUCGAAGCCGCGAAAGAAGCAGACCGCACUCCCGAUGAGUUCUACUGCCUCCGUCUCUUAGAUGCAACAGGAAUCUGCGUCGUCCCGGGUUCAGGUUUCGGCCAGAAACCUGGCACUCUACAUCUGCGAACCACCUUCCUUGCCCCGGGAACGGAAUGGGUUGGCCGGUGGACCAAGUUCCACAAAAAGUUCAUGGAAGAGUAUAGUUAG